UCGGGUGGCCCCGCCCUCGCGUGACGGCCGGACCGGGAAUUGGCAGCGGCGCUGCAGCCAUUUCCGGUUUCGGAGAGGUGGGUGCGGUGCGGAGCGGGAGUUGGCGCCGCCGCCGCCGCCGCCGCCGCCUCCAGAGCCUGUCCUGCUGCCGGGUGCUGCCGGGAGGAUGCGGCCGGAGCCCGGAGGCUGCUGCUGCCGCCGCCCGAUGCGGGCGAACGGCUGCGUGAAGAACGGGGAAGUGAGGAACGGGUACUUGAGGAGCAGCACCGCCACCGUCGCGGCUGCCGGCCAGAUUCAUCAUGUUACAGAAAAUGGAGGAUUGUACAAAAGACCGUUUAAUGAAGCUUUUGAAGAAACACCCAUGCUGGUUGCUGUGCUCACAUAUGUGGGCUAUGGCGUACUCACCCUCUUUGGAUAUCUUCGAGAUUUCUUGAGGCACUGGAGAAUUGAAAAGUGCCACCAUGCAACAGAAAGAGAAGAACAAAAGGACUUUGUGUCCUUGUAUCAGGAUUUUGAAAACUUCUAUACAAGGAACCUCUACAUGAGAAUCAGAGACAACUGGAAUCGACCUAUCUGUAGUGUGCCUGGAGCCAAGGUGGAUAUCAUGGAGAGACAAUCUCAUGACUAUAACUGGUCAUUCAAGUACACAGGGAAUAUAAUUAAAGGUGUAAUAAACAUGGGUUCCUACAACUAUCUUGGAUUUGCGAGGAACACUGGAUCAUGUCAGGAAGCAGCUGCUGAAGUUCUCAAGGAGUAUGGAGCAGGAGUGUGCAGCACUCGUCAAGAAAUUGGAAACCUGGACAAGCAUGAAGAACUAGAGAAACUGGUAGCAAGGUUCUUAGGUGUGGAAGCUGCUAUGACCUAUGGCAUGGGAUUUGCAACAAAUUCAAUGAACAUUCCUGCUCUUGUUGGCAAAGGUUGCCUGAUUCUGAGUGAUGAGCUGAACCAUGCAUCACUGGUUCUAGGAGCCAGACUGUCGGGAGCAACCAUUCGAAUCUUCAAACACAAUAAUAUGCAAAGCUUGGAGAAGCUUUUAAAAGAUGCCAUUGUUUAUGGUCAGCCUCGGACAAGAAGGCCCUGGAAGAAAAUCCUAAUCCUCGUGGAAGGCAUAUAUAGCAUGGAGGGGUCUAUUGUUCGCCUUCCUGAAGUGAUUGCUCUCAAGAAGAAAUACAAGGCGUACUUGUAUCUGGAUGAGGCUCACAGCAUUGGGGCUCUUGGCCCUUCAGGGCGAGGUGUGGUAGAUUACUUUGGCCUGGAUCCUGAGGAUGUAGAUGUUAUGAUGGGGACAUUCACAAAGAGCUUCAGUGCUUCCGGAGGAUACAUUGGAGGCAAGAAGGAGCUGAUAGACUACCUUCGCACACAUUCUCACAGUGCUGUGUAUGCCACGUCGAUGUCACCACCUGUGAUGGAGCAGAUCAUCACCUCCAUGAAGUGCAUCAUGGGGCAGGAUGGCACCAGUCUAGGCAAAGAAUGUAUACAACAGUUGGCUGAGAACACCAGGUAUUUCAGGAGACGGCUGAAGGAGAUGGGGUUCAUCAUCUAUGGCAAUGAAGACUCUCCGGUGGUGCCUUUGAUGCUCUACAUGCCGGCCAAAAUUGGCGCCUUUGGAAGAGAGAUGCUGAAGCGGAACAUUGGUGUCGUUGUGGUGGGAUUCCCUGCCACCCCCAUCAUUGAGUCCAGAGCCAGGUUUUGCCUGUCAGCAGCUCAUACCAAAGAAAUACUUGACACGGCUUUGAAGGAGAUAGAUGAAGUUGGGGAUCUGCUGCAACUGAAGUACUCUCGCCACCGGCUGGUGCCUCUGCUGGACAGGCCCUUCGAUGAGACUACCUAUGAGGAGACAGAAGACUGAGCCUUUCUGGUGCUCCCUCGAGGGGGAUACUUCCUCCCAGGACAGUGUGUGGCCUUUCUGAGCCACUUCCAGGAACCAUGCUUCAGUGACCACUUCACGGGAAAGACAUUUCCGAAGCUACUGAAGGUGGCCACGUCCACUCCAAAUGGCAUUUUGUAAAUAGUAAAAACCAAACUGCUUCACAUUCUUUCUUUGUUUGCUGAGCCUCACACACACCCCCACACACGAUUACUUUGUGCAUUAAAAAAUGUUUUAUUUUAUAACUAUUCUACUUGUGAAAUCACACUGACCCUUGCCUGUGGCUUCUGAAACAGGCAUUCCCGGCUGCAGUCACCUCAUAGGCUUGGAUCCAUCAAGACCUACUUCAGGCCCUGGCUUUCCAGCCUCGAGACUCACUGGCCCCCUCCCUAGGGAGCAAGUGCCUUCUGCUGACUUCCCGCCCAGGUCUCAGAGGUUGCCCCCCCCUUUAAUCUCUCUUUAGCCAGGCAAGUUAGUCGACCAAAGCAUUCUGUCUUUAGUCUUAAGGUAAAUGUUGCCAAGGCCAGGAGCCUUGUGUGACCCCCCUGGCCAAGGACCUCCUAAGACUGGCCUCUCUUUUUUCGUUCUGUUCACCAAAUAAUUUAUCCGUUAUCAGCUCUUCCUUCAUACGGUCGGUCAUAGGCUGAAGAUGUGUCCAACAUUUUGGUUCUCCCCAAGAUCCAGCCCUAAUGCUUCCCACCUCCAAAGUUACAACAGUCUCUUGCUGGUUCUGGGUCCAAAUUAAGAUCUGGCCUAAUAAAGUCAAGUGUUAGUCAGUCCUUUGCUCAUGUUCUGCUUACACCGUUAGUGGUGUAAGUCUGACUCACAGGAACAGUGCUCUUCCAAAGCUCGGUUCUUCUGCUCCUCCUGCACUAAGAAGAUUUUGCCCAGUAUCUUGGCUGGCUUUUCUUGUGCUUCCAUUGUAUUUUACCCCCUUUGAGGAAUUCUGAUCAAAUACCUCUUUCUUAAACUGGAAUAGCCUCUGUUUUCGUCACCAACCAGGUCAGGGACUUCAUUCAGAGCUUUGCAUUGCUUGACCAAAGACCACAUCUGAAGAGCACCAUUUUAAAGUUAAUUUUUUUCUUUUGACCAAAGCUUAAUUGAAGAGAACGUUUGGCUUUAUUGUACUGAAGAUGAAUUUGUGUUUUAGUAGUGAUCAAGUGUUACAAACAAGGAUUGGGAACAGAAUGGGGGAAAAACAGAACAGAAAAAAACCUGUUUAGAAGUACAUUUUGUAUGUCAUUCUUUAAAGUUAUUCUUAUUACUGAUAGAUGCCUAAACCAAGUUCUUCUGGAGACCUGUCAGCUGUAGGUACAUGGAAGAGAAGAUAAGCAGUUAUCGUUUGUGAAUCUCUGUUUCCAUGCCCUGGAUCUGUUAUCUUUGGCCCUCUUGGCAUCUGUGAGCUUUCAGCCUUUGAGAUGUUCUAAGGUUGUUAUGUGGAGUUUUUAAAGAAUAGAAAUGGGUGAACAGACUGGGUGUGGUAACCUCAGAAGGCAGAGGUAGUAGGCUGAUCUCAGUUUGAGGUCUACAUAGAGUUCCAGGAUAGCCUGGUCUGCAUCGUGAAACCUGGAGGGUGCGGGGAGAGAGAGAGAGAGAGAGAGAGAGAGAGAGAGAGAGAGAGAGAGAGAGAGAGAGAGAGAGAGAGAGAGAGAGAGAAUAUGAGAAUGAGAAUUACAUGUAUAAAGAUUCCAUAUCUAAGUCCUAUAAAGCUCAAACACCUUCCUCACUUUCUCCCUGUAGAAUCCCACUGGAAUACCAAGUAUUUUACACAGCACUUACUAUUUAAUGAUAUAGACAUAGGGCUUGCAAAAGUAACAAACCUUAAGCAAUGACCAUGCCUGCUAGUCUCUUAGCUUACAUAAAAUCACUUCAAAUUAAAUGCUAUUUCAGGCAUCUAAAUUUUUCUGUAUGUAUCUCUUGGUUGGUGCAAAGUUUGUUUCAGGCUAAAUGUAACUAAGUUAAAGUUUUUUUGUUUUGUUAUUGUUGUUUGUUUGGUUUUUUUCUUGUUUGUUUUGAAAAGGCAAAGCCCCUGUGAUCUACCCAUGAUCUCUACUUUCUAGAGGACAAGAUGGUUUUUACACUAUAUGUGGCUGGUUAAUUAUAAAUCUGUAAUAGAAAUCCCUGGCCCUGUCACGUCAUAGGUGAUUAUCUAAAAUUCGGAGGAGAUAAGAGUGUGUGUUAGUCUGACAUUUGAAAGUGAGUAGAGAUCUGGGCCUUAGAUAGAUUCAGGCAUACAUAAGUCAGCCAUCACCACCAAAGCCAACUGUACUGUGCCUCAUGCUUCUUAUCAUUGUAAGACCCACUUCACAGCUCACAUCAGGAACCAGAAGAUAACCAGAAUCAUGCAGAAGAUUUGGCCCAAGGGGCAAGGGCAGUGAAUGUCUCCCCUUUAUAGUAUCCUUGUUUAAAGAAUCCAGCCCUUGGAGCUGGAAGAGAUGGCUCAGCAGUUGGGGACACUGACUGCUUUUUCAGAGAACACGGGUUCAAAUCCCAGGACCCAUAUGGCAGCCCACAACUGUAACUCCAAGAUUUGACAUUCUCACAUAGACAUACAUGUAGGCAAAAUACAUAAAAUAAAGGUAAAAAAAAAAUUUAAAUGGGGGGUGGGGGGGGCAGUAGCCAGCCCUCUUCUGGCCCAGGCAGACUUUCAAAAUGAGCUGCUUCCUUCCGUAUGGCCUCAUUUGUAGCCCAUGCCCUCUCAUAGGCUGAAGGGUAGAACAUCGUCACAGAGCUCUGCCUCUGAUCCUUUAUUCUUCAUUCUGUAUCUUCUUGGUGGUUGGGAUUUGGCCUCCAGAGAAGACUGACAAGUGCUGGUGCAGCGUUUGGGGAGCUGUAGGACAGACAGCCUGCUCCUUGCAUGCACAACCAUGCACUUCAGUGUUUUUUCUCUUAUUAGUUAAGGGCAUCCAUAUCUGAGUCUCUGAUGACUGGCAGGAUAUAGCCACAUUACCUGGUGUGUAAUAUAUCUUGCAAAAAGCAGAAUAAACAUCUGGCUUAGAUUUCUUGCCUUUUUGGACAAAGUGGGAAAUGAUACCUGCUACCACCUGUUUUUCCAAAUUGAUGAAUCUACCUAAUUACAGUAUUUUGACAAAACCCAUAGACAUGUAAAUAAAUGGUUGCCAUGGUGAUGGUGCACACCUGUAAUCCCAAUACUCAGAAUACAGAUGUAAGAGUAUUUUCUAGGAUUCUAGAUUAUCUGGUGUUACAAAGUGAGACUCUCUCCAGAAAGAACAACAACAAAAAAGAGGGUGGAUUGCUAUAACUUCAUGCCAGGAUGCUGUUUUCCCAGUGUUCUAGUUAAGACACAGCUAGGUGUGUCUCUUUACUUCCAGUAUGGAGUUAGUUAGGGAAAGGAGAGCAGUCAGUGGUUUUUCCUCCCUGAGCUGUGUUGAUCAGGAGCUGUAUUUCUUACAGAUGAAAUCACCUUGGCCUGGGGCUAUGAAGGGAGGGGUUUAUGGAAAUCAGCAUUCUGCUUGGCAGUUUAUCAAAGGAUCUGUUGCUCCUCCCACCCCCAGUUCCAGAACCUAUGGAUGUUAUUCCCUGCUUAACAGUAAACUCAGUGCCCAGCAGGUAUCUUAAUCCAUUAAACCAGUCAAUCACAAUACCUUCCAUGUGGAGAAAAGCAUGUCCUUCCUCCCCUCUGCUUUACCCACAUGAAAUGUGUGCUUGGGCUUCUAGCCUGCAAAAAGGGUUCAGAGAAAGGUCCACCAGUGAUCCUCUCUCUUGCCUACCAAAGGCUAUUUCUGUUGUCGUUUUCAGUGGCUUCUGUUUCCCAAGAUGCUUUUUGCUGUAGAUUGAAAGGUUUCUAGGAGGAAGGAAACACAGGAACCUGCUUAAGCCCUGGUGAUGAGCAUUUUCAUCUUCGCAGAGUCUGAAGAUUCACGUCCACAGUUGACCCUUAGGAGCAGCUUGGUGGAGGUCGGGGUGUUUACUUGUUUACUCUGGUGUGGCCUUAAACUACUGUUUCUAGUGUGAUGAAUUAUAAUAAGCCAACCCUGAAGGAUGCUGUGGCUCUUGUCCCCGUGCCACUGUUUUAAGGAAGCAAUGCCUAAAGCUUUGUUCUUUGGGAGCAGUUGUUGGAGAUGGAAUGAAAGGUGCUUGCAGGAACAGCACCCUGAUGUGCUCGGUGUCUGUUUCCUGUGCCCUCUGCACUCUCCAUGUGCAAGGAACUUCAGUUAAAGUCCAGCACAAGUCCCAGGUAAUUCUUGUACAGAUCCUGAUUGACUUGCGUAGGCCUUCCAACUGAGUAGAGGAUGAACCACCAAGUGUGGUGGAGUUACCUUACUGUUUGACAUUGUAUGUCAGGUUUAGUUUAGCCAAGAGUUGGAAUUGAGAUCUUCCUUGCUGGUUUGUUCUUCACGGGACUCAGAAACCUCUCCUGUUAGUUUAGCCUGCAUGCCCACAGUCUUGAUGAUCCCUCUCUGUACAAAGGCAGCUAACAACAAGGGAUGGGGGAAAGAGAAGAGAACAGGUAUCUAUGGGAGAGUUCAGUUAGGGUGGUCUUGUUGACCCACAUUUCUCCAGUGGCCAAGUAACUGUAGGCUGGAGUCUUCAAGGUGUACUGUGAUGCUAACCCUUUUUUCAUUGUAAUGUUCUUAUCAUCUGGGAAUGUGAGAUUUUCAAUUUUAGUAAUGUCUUACAAAUAAUCACUCUUCUGUAGCCUCCUACCUUCUUGCCAGAAUUUUUUUUUUUUUAAUUACAUUUUAUAUCGGAUGACUGUGAAGCUAUACAUAGUAGGUUGUGGAGGAUAUCAAUUUUCAGAGUGCAUGUUAAGAAGUAAAGUGGACCUACUUGAGAUGAAUCAUCCCACAAAUAUUGUUUUGCCCUAAUAAAAUAUUUAGAAAUAGA